AUGGAUUUUGAGAAUCUUUUCUCCAAACCUCCCAACCCAGCCCUCGGCAAGAAACCGACCACGGACUCUGACGAAAGAACUGAUGGUGAAAUAUAUGACACAGAAGUUGAAGAAACACAGGAAGAGACAAUAAAACUGGAAUGUGAGCAAAUUCCCAAAAAAGUAAGAUUAAGUUAACCUACUGAAAAGAAUUUGCAUCAUAAAAAAUCAAGAAGUAAGGACUAUGAUGCAUAUAGCGAUGACAAUGAUGUCUGCAAUGAGGAAUCAGAAGAUAAUUUUGCUGAAGAGCUUAAACAGUAUAUACAAGCCAAAGAAAUGGCAAAUGCCCCUGAGCCUUCACCAUUUCCUAAAGAAACUGCAACAAAAGAGAAGGCAAAAGAUACCCAGAAAGAUGUUACACAAAAAAGUAAAAACUUUAAAACGUGCCAUAAGAAUGGUAAACAGAAGAAAAUGAAGCGAAAACGAGCUGGCACUGGAAACAAAGAAUCAGGUGCUUUGUUGAGAAACAUUGGCUCCCAGGACUUGGAUGGUAAACCCGAAGAGAAGCAACAGUGUGUGAGAAUGAGUCAGGGAUUCAUCAACCAGCACACAGUGGAACGGAAAGGAAAACCAGUUUGUAAAUAUUUUCUUGAGAGGAAAUGUAUUAAGGGUGACCAGUGUAAAUUUGAUCAUGAUGCAGAACUAGAGAAGAAAAAGGAAAUGUGUAAAUUUUAUGUCCAGGGUUAUUGUAACAGAGGUGAAAACUGCCUGUAUUUGCAUAAUGAAUAUCCAUGCAAGUUUUACCAUACAGGAACAAAAUGUUAUCAGGGAGAAUAUUGCAAGUUUUCCCAUGCCCCACUGACUGCUGAAACACAAGAGCUAUUACUCAGAGUUUUGGAUACUGAAAAGAAGUCACCAGUAAAUAAAAUAGACAUGAAAAGGUAA